GUAACCGGCGUUGUGGGGAGAGCGGAAACACUUUCAUCAGUCUUCUUCCUGGCAGCUUUCAUUUUGUACAGCAAGGCAACGAGAAAUAAAAAGUACACAGGUUGGAAAUAUCUCAUGUUUUCAAUGGUCUCCAUGGCGACGGCGAUGCUCUGCAAAGAACAAGGGAUUACGGUGGCUGGAGUUUGUGCUGCAUACGAAAUUUUCGUCACUCAAAAGAUCCGUCUGCCAGAGCUGAAAUACAUGCUGAAAACCGCAAUCAUGUCAAAAUCUCCUUAUCCAUGGUCAAGCAAAGCCACAAAGAGGCUAGCAGUUCUCGCAUGCACAACUCUAUGCCUACUUUUGUUCAGGCUCCAAAUAAUGGGCUCGCAACUGCCGGUUUUUACGAGAUUUGACAACCCCGCAUCAGUUGCUGCCACGCCUUCUCGCCAGUUGACGUAUCAUUAUUUAAUAAGCAUCAAUUUGUGGUUGCUGUUAUUUCCGUGUGACCUGUGCUGCGAUUGGACGAUGGGAACGAUAACAUUGGUCGAAUCGUUUCUGGACAUCAGGAACUUGGGCACCGUUGCCACGUAUGCCUUUUUGGCAGCGAUCCUCGUCAAAGCGUUUACGACGGAUAAUAAGUUGCAGAGCACGAUUUUGAUAAUGGGUACAUCUCUUAUGGUGUUUCCAUUCAUCCCAGCUUCGAAUUUCUUUUUCCCAGUCGGUUUCGUGAUAGCAGAAAGAGUCCUCUACAUGCCUUCCAUGGGUUUCUGUAUGCUGGUCGGCUACGGUUUCCAUGUAGUCUCUCAAAAGAAAAACAAUAAGAUCAUGUUCCUUUUCCUAUCGCUACUAUUAGCAUCGCACGGGGGAAAGACCUACCUGAGGAACUGGGAUUGGGAAAACGAGUAUUCAAUUUUCAUGUCGGGUUUGAAGGUGAACCAGAGGAAUGCGAAACUGUUUAAUAACGUCGGUCAUGCUUUGGAGAGUCAGGGAAAUUUUGAAGAAGCGUUGAAAUUUUUUAAGACGGCUGUAAGCGUGCAAGAGGAUGAUGUUGGCGCUCAUAUCAACGUGGGUCGAACGUACAACCAUCUGAAGAUGUUCAAGGAGGCCGAAGAGGCCUACUUGAAGGCGAAAUCCCUACUCCCGAAAGCCAAACCGGGCGAAUCGUACCAAGCCAGGAUCGCCCCGAAUCACUUAAACGUUUUUUUGAAUCUGGCUAAUUUGAUAUCGAAAAACUCGACGAGGCUAGAAGAGGCUGACAUGCUUUACAGGCAGGCAAUAAGCAUGAGAGCUGAUUAUACGCAGGCAUAUAUUAACAGGGGUGAUAUACUCAUAAAGCUGAAUAGGACUAAAGAGGCGCAAGAGGUCUACGAACGGGCGCUUUUAUAUGAUAGCAAUAACCCCGACAUUUAUUACAACCUCGGAGUGGUUUUUCUGGAACAAGGAAAGGCGUCUCAAGCCUUAGCCUAUUUAGACAAGGCUUUGGAGUUCGAUCCCGAGCACGAACAAGCAUUGCUUAAUUCGGCCAUCCUCUUGCAAGAAUUCGGGCGACCGGACUUUCGGAAAAUUGCCAGAGAGAGGCUACUCAUCCUUCUGGGUAAGGAUCCCAACAACGAAAGGGUCCAUUUCAAUCUUGGAAUGCUAGCGAUGGACGACAAGAAUAUUGAAGAGGCAGAGAAUUGGUUUCGUCGAGCAGUCCAUCUGAAAGCAGAUUUUCGAAGUGCCCUUUUCAACUUAGCCCUUUUACUAGCAGACGAUCAACGGCCUUUAGAAGCUGCGCCUUUUCUAAAUCAGUUAGUCAAAUACCAUCCUGAUCACGUAAAAGGACUCAUUUUACUUGGAGAUAUUUAUAUUAAUAAUAUUAAGGAUCUGGAUGCAGCUGAAAAUUGCUACCGACGCAUCUUAGAACUCGAACCAGACAACAUCCAAGGUCUACACAAUCUCUGCGUGGUCCACGUAGAAAGAGGAAAGCUCUUAGAAGCCCAAACUUGUCUUCAGCAAGCCCACAAACUAGCCCCAGAAGAAGACUACGUUCUACGUCAUUUACAAAUCGUUCAAAAUAGAAUCUCAAAAUUACAUUUAAACCCAAACGAUAUAAAUGAAGUAGACGAGAACUCGAAAGAAAAAUCCAAAGUAGUCUCCAACAAAAGCAUCGAUGAAACGGAUAAAAAUACGAAACCGAUGGUUUCAGGGGAUUCAGAGGAGCAAAGGUAUAGUAGCAGAGUUGUUAAUACCGAACCUAUGUUUGUCAAUAAUGUUGACAAUAUUGAUGAUUAUGUGGGGUACGAUGUUGUUGAAGAAGAGUUGGCGGAGACUACCGAGUAUCCAAAUAGUAGAAUAGAAGCUGGAAGUGAUAAAGACGAUCCUUCUUCAGGAAUGUCUUAA